AUGCUCCACGUGGAUGAGCUGGAAAAACACAUUAGAGAGCUUGAAGAGCAGCGAGGUGGUAAUGGCAAUGGAGGUAUCAUUAGCAUCAACCAAGUCGAGCCACACCCGUGGCUGUGCCGAAAGGACAUCGUCGAGUGGUGUGUGCGCGCGGCAUCGUCAUGCAAGCGUACUGCCCUGUUGUGCGCGGCAGCCGCUUCGAGGAAUCCUCGGUCAAGAAUCUGGCAGACAAGUACAACAAGACCCCGGCCCAGAUACUCAUUCGCUGGAGUCUAG